AGUUGUCGUUGUUUACAUAUCUUAACCUCAAACUCUCGAAUGUGUAAUUACUAUGCCCUUAUGUGCAGCAAAUAAUUGUUCAAAUCGCUUUGAAGAUGGUUUUCGCCUCUUCUUAUUCCCUACGGAUGAACAUAGAAAGAAACAAUGGCUUAUCAACAUGGGUCGGGAAGAUUUUACGCCUUCAAAGAUUUCUUGUGUGUGUGAAGUACAUUUCGAUGAGUCGCAGUGGGUACAAAACCUUGCUGCCGGUUGGAAAAAAUUGAAGCCAAAUGCAAUACCAACUUUAUUUAGUAAUCCAAUCCAUCUACUUUCAUUUAAUGAAACAAACGUAGACGUUCCCAAUUUUCUUCAGAUAUGUCGUAUAUGUUUAAGCCCAAAUAACGAUUUAAUUAAUUUAUUCAAGCCCUCGUCGAACGAUAAACUACCGUAUCUAGAAUUCAUGGAGCAGACAUCUUUGCAGGUGAGUUCUGACGAUGGUCUACCACCAUAUGUAUGCAACGAAUGUUUUCAAACUAUACUAGAAAUAAAAAAUUUUAAACAAAAAUGUAUUCAAUCUGCAAAUUUAUUGAAAAAUUAUAAUGGACCGAAUACAAUAGCAAGUUUAAACGCAUAUAUAAUAUCUAAAACACAAUCCGAUGGUAUUGUGCAUGUGGAUAAGAAGGAAAAUUUGGAAACUACAAACUUGGAAAAUAAAAAUCAGAAAGAAAAGAACGAACAAGAUACGAAGUAUAAACUAGAAGAAAUCGAUAACUUUUAUACGUUCCCAGAUCCAAUUGAUAGAAAAAAUCUCAAAAACGAACCGUAUUCUGUUUGUCAUAUAUGUGGAGCAAAAGCAAAGUAUAUCCUAAAACAUCUAAAGACACAUAAUGAUACAUACGAUUUGAAAUGUGAUAUUUGUGGAAAACAAUUUCGUCAUAAUAUAGCGUUACUUAGGCAUUUAUCUGAUCAUAGACGUGAAAAAAGCGAAGUAAAACCUCAGUGUGGCAUAUGUCACAAAACUUUUUAUGAUAGACAUACUUUAAGACGACACAUAAAAACCGUACAUCAGGACACACGACCAUUCAAAUGUACAUUAUGUCCAAAAUCGUUUCAUGAUGAACGAAUAUUGAGAAUACAUAUGGUUACACAUACCGGUGAAAGGCGUUAUAAAUGCGACGUUCAAGGUUGUAGUCGUACAUAUACACAAUCUACACCAUUAGCCCAGCAUAAAUUAAAAUGUCAUUCAAAUAAUGUAUCGGAAAUAACAAAAUUCAAGUGUAAAAUUUGUUCGAAAGCGUUUAAACAGAAAAAGACUAUGGAAGAACAUUUACGCUUUCACUCUGGUGUAAGGUGUACUAAAUGUAAUAAGUCGUUUACAUCAAUUAAAAAACUUAACAUACAUAUGAGAGAUCAUUUUGGUAUCGUAGAAAAAAAAGACAUAGAAGCGAAGAAUAAGCAACAUUCAGAAUUAUUAGAAUCAAUAGAUAAUUUAAUACAGCAAGAACAAAAUUGUACACAAGCAGACGUGGAUCUAGGUUUGUUUGAGCCUAUAGUUUAAACCAUUAAACCAGUACAUGCAGUAUCGUUUUAUUGGAUAAAGAUUACAAAUUGAGGUUUAUAAAUUAAUAUCUGGAGACGAGAAAGAGUCAAAUCA